AUGGAGUGGAGUUGGUCUGGACAAGUCGCCAACUUCGUGUCAAAGCAGCUGCAGCCUUCUGCGCCGUCCACUGCAAAACCAAGGCGUGGAGGCCGACGGCCACUCCACGCAUCCAGAAUAACAGAGUCGUUGACCCCAAGACAGCAGACGGCCACAGAGGUGGGACUGCAGCGAAAAGCUAGAAUUCCCGGGCAUUUCUCAGAUGAACGCCGAACUCCAGCCUUGUACGACAAGGCUUACGAUCUGGCCAGCCGCGGCUUUGCUGAGAUGGAGCUGCACCAAGGUUCUGACAAGAGGCCCAAGGGGCCCAGCGACACUGCGACAGAGGAGGACGAGGAGGAGGUCCUCAUCCCACCGCUGCUCCUGCGCGUCAGGGUUGCGAGAUCUGUUCGCGACUAUGAGGCGAUGCGAGACGCCGACUCUCCGCCGCCCGAGGCGCUUGUCAACGGCGUUCGUAGCCUACGAAGCCUUCAGCAAAUCAAGGAGGAGGAGACCGCAGCUACGAAAAUCCAGGCCAGGUUUCGGCAGAAGCAGGCAGCAGAAGAGGUUCAAAAGCGCAAGCAGCAGCAAAAGGAGGAAAGUGAUGCAGCUACCAGGAUCCAAGCGAGGUACCGUGGACGCCAAGCCAACAAGGAGGUCCAGGACGUGCGCCGCGAGAGAAACCAGGCAGCCACGGCCAUCCAAUCUCAAUAUCGGAGCCGAGUUGCUGAGCGUCGUCAAAAGGAGCAGGAAGAAGAAUGUGCCACAAAGAUCCAGUCCAAGUUCAGGCAGAAGCAAGCGGCAAGCGAAGUCCAGGCCCUUCGCAAAGAGAAGCAACAAAACGGCGAUGGGACGGCGGACUCCCAACCAGCCGACGUGGACAGUCAGCUUGUGAGGCCUGCAGAGGAGGCUGGCGAAGAAGAAGGCAUGCCUCAACAAGAGGAGAAGGAGCAGCAACAGCGCGUGGAGGAGGUGAGUCCUGCAGGUGAUGAGGAGACAGCCGCCACGAAAAUCCAGGCCAGGUUUCGGCAGAAGCAGGCAGCAGAAGAGGUUCAAAAGCGCAAGCAGCAGCAAAAGGAGGAAAGUGAUGCAGCUACCAGGCCUGCAGAGGAGGCUGGCGAAGAAGAAGGCAUGCCUCAACAAGAGGAGAAGGAGCAGCAACAGCCCGUGGAGGAGGUGAGUCCUGCAGGUGAUGAGGAGACAGCCGCCACGAAAAUCCAGGCCAGGUUUCGGCAGAAGCAGGCAGCAGAAGAGGUUCAAAAGCGCAAGCAGCAGCAAAAGGAGGAAAGUGAUGCAGCUACCAGGAUCCAAGCGAGGUACCGUGGACGCCAAGCCAACAAGCAGGUCCAGGACAUGCGCGAAAGAAACCAGGUCCAAGCCAAGGCAGCCACGGAGCAGGAAGAAGCCUGUGCCACAAAGAUCCAGUCCAUGUUCAGGCAGAAGCAAGCGGCAAGCGAAGUCCAGGCCAGGCGCAAAGAGAAGCAACAAAACGACGAUGGGACAGUGGACUCCCAGCCAGCCGACGUGGACAGAUAUGAGACAGAUGUCGAGUUGGAAAGCGAGCUUGUGAGGCCUGCGGAGGAGGUCAGCGAAGUCGAAGCCAUGCUUAAGCAAAAGGAGAAGGAACAGCAACAGCUCGUGGAGGACAAGUCGCCCAGGGUGGAAGGCAUGUUGGGUGCGAAGCACGAAGCAAGACCCAUGGCCGUGAGUCCUGCAAUUCCGGAAGGAGAUGAAGAGGAGUGA